AUGCGUGUACUAAGUUGGCAACAGCUCGGCGGAGCCGCCCUGCUCCUGCUUCAGGGGCAGGUGGCCCUGUCGGCACUCACCGUGGAGGUGAAUAGUAAGGAUUCGUUGGCCAAUGCGGGGAAGCAGAUCGCCGAUCCUAUGAUGGACUUCUAUGCACAAAAUCAGACGGAAGGCAUUCCCGGCAAGCUCACCGACACCUGGUACAUUGCUGGCGCCAUGUUCAUGACCUUGAUUCAGUACUGGGCCACCUCGGGCGUCGAACAGUACAACAAGGUCGUGUCACAUGAUCUCAUGUUCCAGUCGGGUGAGAAUUACGAUUACUUCUCGGCGAACUAUAGUCAAUGGCUGGUAGGUGUGAGACGUAUCCCAUGGAUGGUGACCAUGGCUAACCUUGACCAGGGAAACGAUGACCAAAUGUUCUGGGGUCUUGCCAGUAUCACCGCGUCGGAGACCGGGUUCCCUGAAAUCUCGGGUAAACCCACCUGGACUUCUCUGGCUCGUACCGUUUUCAAUAUGCAGAUCGAGCGGUGGGAUGAGACCGCUUGCAAUGGUGGUCUCCGCUGGCAGAUCUGGCCCUACCAGGCGGGCUACACUAUGAAAAACUCCAUCUCUAAUGGCGGCCUUUUCGAGCUGUCCGCUCGUCUAGCUCGGUUCACCAAGAACGAGACCUACGCAGAGUGGGCAGAGAAGAUCUGGGAUUGGUCCGCAAGCUCACCUCUCAUCCGCACCGAGAAGUGGUACGUGGCUGACUCGACGUCAAAUGAGAACAACUGCAAAGACUCCGGCAACAACCAAUGGACGUAUAACUACGGAACCUUUAUGUCUGGUGCCGCUUUCAUGUACAACUAUACCAAUGGUGACGAGAAGUGGUUGAAGCGUGUCAAUGGCUUGUUAGAAAGCACCUUUGCCACGUUCUUCCCUUCCAACUACGGCGGUAACGUGCUGUCGGAGGUGGCCUGUGAGCCGAUCAUGAGCUGUGAUCGUAACCAAUUGGGUUUCAAGGGAUAUACGGCUAUGUGGCUGGCCCAUACCGCCAUCUUGGUUCCCUCUACCGCGGACCGAAUCCUCCCCAAGCUGCAAGGCUCGGCAGAAGCAAUCGCAAAGCAGUGCUCGGGUGAGUCCGAGAAUCUCUGUGGUGAAACAUGGGGCAAACCGACAUGGGAUGGUAUGAAGGGCCUGGAAGUUCAGAUGGCCGCAUUGGGUGGAAUUACCUCGAACUUGAUGCUCCUGGAGAGCAAGUCGCCUCAGACCAUCGACACAAAUCCCGACGCAGCUGAACAUCACAUCGAUAACAACGACAACAGCAGCAAGGACCCCACCAAGUCGAAGCCGAUCGAGACAGCGGAUCGGGCCGGAGCCUGGAUCCUGACUGUCAUGAUCGCCGCCGGUGCGAUAGGCGCCGUAGGGUGGUUAAUCAAGACGCAAUAA